AGAGUUCGCAAACAAUGUCUUUAGCGGUGAGGAAGAAAUCGGACGACGACUUCAACAACUGUUUGGCCAUCGCUUCGUCGCUGGACUUCUCGGAGACCGAGAAAAAAGUGGAUGAAAUGAUCGCUCAGUUAUCGCAACUCAGAGACGCUCUUCGCGACCAAAAACAGAUUUUGGGCACUAAAUGGAAAUCAAUGACUCCCGACGAUAAGAAACCCUUCUAUGAUGAACAGCAACGGCUGUCCCGCAAACACAUGGAAACUCACCCAGAUUAUAAAUACAAACCGCGACCAAAGCGCACGUGUGUUGUCGACGGCCGUAAACUACGGAUCUCUGAAUACAAGGCAAUGAUGCGCGCGAAGAGACAGGAGAUGCGCUCCUUUUGGUGA